AUGAUCUUUAGAGUUAGUUGGGACAGCAAUUCAUUUAUAGUGCUUGCAUAUUAUUUAAGUAUUAAGGACAUGCAUAGGAUCGUAAUACGAAAAGGUGAUUACACCAAAUGCAAUCAAUGUAAAAUCGCUUUAACCGAAGUAUUAUCAGCUGAACUGAAUCUGUUGAAUUUUCUACACCCCAAAAAUUUAAUUAAGUUUUCGACUCUUUUUCUCCCAUCACAUCAACAUCAAUGGCUGACAGUGACUACGAAGUUCGAAGCGAACAAGACUAAAGUUUUAAAUAGAUAA